CUCCCAUGGACAAUCAACAAUGGAGAUUCCUCUCAAACUAACCAAAGCCUAAAAGUUUAAUUAUAAUACAGAACCAUAAUUAUCCCUUUAAUCGCAUUUUUUUCAUCAUGUAGCCUACUAUAUAAACAUUUUAAUCAAAUCCCGAGCUAAAACAGUACACUCCAGUGCAGUGCUUCCUCGGAUAUAAACUUAUUAUAAUGGCAAUGAAUGAGGACGUGAAUAAACUUCCUCUGCGGAAGAGACGAGGAGACGAGGAGGAGAGAGGGAAUGUGCGCGUGAAGAGAGAUAAAAGUGACGUCAGCAGGCUGGAGUCCUGUUUGGAUCAACCCAUGGAUUCAAGCAGCAUCCAUGAAGUCAUUAAGUACCUCCCGUCUCCUCUGCCAGCCAAACACUACGACAUUGACACCACAGAACCGAUCAUCUGCGGCCUCACCUCUUUGGAUGAGCUGCUCUCGUGGAAACGGAGCGAGGCGAACCCCUUUAACGUGGCGGUGGUCCCUCUGGCCCCUCGGGAGCCUCCUCUGGCUGAUUCUCCACGCCGCACAUUGGUGUCACAUGACAUGAUGGGAGGUUACCUGGAUGACAGGUUUGUGCAGGGGACGCAUACAGAGGCUCCGUACGCCUUCUAUCACUGGAAGUACAUCGAUAUUUUCAAUUACUUCACACACAACAUGGUGACUAUUCCUCCCGCUGUGUGGACCAACGCCGCCCAUAAACACGGAGUCGUUAUGAUCGGGACGUUUAUCACCGAGUGGACGGAUGGAAGGGAGAUGUGCGAGUCCUUUCUGAAGGACGAGGAGUCGUACCGGGCCGUGGCGGAUAAACUGGUUCAGAUCAGCCACUGUUACGGCUUCGACGGCUGGCUCAUCAACAUCGAGAACACCCUCAGUGAGGUUGCGGUGAAGAACACACCUUUGUUCCUGCGCUACCUGACAGACCAGAUGCACCUGCGAGUGUCAGGAAGUCUGGUCCUGUGGUACGACAGUGUGGUCGAGACAGGACGCCUGCAGUGGCAGAAUGAACUUAACCAGAACAACAGUAUGUUUUUCGAUGCCUGUGAUGGUUUCUUCACCAACUACAACUGGACUGAGCAGAACCUGGAGUGGAUGAAGGACUUCAGUGGGGUUAAAGGUCGCCAGGCUGACGUUUAUGUUGGAGUGGAUGUGUUCGCCCGAGGCGAAGUGGUGGGAGGGAAGUUUGAAACAAAUAAGGCGCUGGAACUGAUCCGAAAGCACAACUUCUCUGUAGCCAUCUUCGCUCCAGGCUGGGUGUACGAGGCCCACGAUGAUAAGAGUGAAUUCCCCAAAAAUCAGGACAAGUUCUGGGCUCUUCUGUCAGACUACCUGUACGUCCAUCGGACAUCUUUGUCUCUCCCUUUCAUCUCGUCCUUCUGUCGGGGCUUUGGGAAGGCUAUCCACUGGAAAGGACAGCGUGAGUCAGAGAGGAGCUGGUUCAACCUAAGCUCUCAGGAGAUUCAGCCUCUCUACUACCACACAGAGCUGGAGGGUGGGGCCUGGCUGAGGAGCCGAGGCUGCCACGAGGACGCCUGGAGCGGAGGCUGCUCAUUGCUGGUGGACGGACUCAUCCCUGCCACAUACACAUCUCCAGUUUGUGCCAAGAUCUUCUCCCUCCAUGUUCCCCUCGCUGAAAAAACUCUAGUGAGCGUCAUCUACAAACCGACUGCAGGGAUCUCAGUGAACCUGGAGCUGAAGACUGCAGAUGCUAGUCUGUGCACACACAUGGACAUGCAAGAUGUUCAACUCAGCAGUUUGUCUCCUGAGCAUCUGGAUGAAGAGCACCAGCUCGUCAAACAGUUCUCUCAGCUCUGUGGGAACUUUAUUCCCUCAGGUUGGACUGUCAGGUGCUCACAGUUGGAGCUGCGUGGCUGUGCUCUCAGAGAAGUUUGUCUGAGCAUCCAGCGGGACGGGGAGCCUGAGGACACACACUUCGGCUGCAGGCUGGGGCAGAUCAUGCUCUUGGACGUUUCCAAUCUGCAAGUUCCCCCUGACCUGAUCCAAGGUUUGUGCAUUUACGACAUGGUGUGGUUUCGUGGUGUUGGUUCCUCACCUGAGUCCACCUCUCCCGGUCUACUCCUGAACGCCACUCUGCGCUGGGAUUAUCCGCUCCACCUUGUCCGACACUUCAGGGUUUACUGGAGACGUUUGAGAGGACCUGACCCCAGAAUCCCCCCAGGUCAGCUGGUCCUGGUGGGACGGGCGCACUCCAAUCUUUACAGAAUAACAGAGCUGAUGGUGCCGGAGCCGCCCAGCCUGCUAGAGCUGGUGGUGGAGCCGGUGGUCAGGAAGGAUUUCCCCAUCCCGGAGAACCACUGGGGGAGGAGAAGCCUCAGCUACACAGAGGAUUCAACUUGAAGUUAAAAAGCUGUUAUCAGGCUGAUAAACGAUACUGCAAUCACAGCUCCAAGGAAAGGGCCGAACCAUUUAAAAAAGAAAAGUUUAUCAAAAUCACAACAUGACCUGUUGCAACAGUCAAAUCAGAGGAGCCAAAAUAUGUUUUAAAGGUACAAUUCACAUGGUUCAAAAUAUUAUUAUUAUUUAAUCUGAAAAUAUUGUGAAGCUAAAGUUCCUGGCUCCCAGACUUAAAUAUUACUGUCUAGUACAAUUUCUUGCUAAUUGGGCAAAAAAAGAAAAAAGAUAAUAAUUUAAUGUUAAUAAAUUAAAAACACUAAGAUGUUGUCAAAAUAAUCAUUCUCAUUAAUAACAGUAAAAAAAUGAUAAUUGCAUUGUUAGUAAAAAAAAUAUAUGCAAUUUUAUAUUUUUUGAAACUGGUUCAGAUUUAGUUGGAGCUUUAGAAUUUACUAAAAUAAUAACAUUGACCGAAUAUUGGAUUCCAUGGCUGGGUUGCACUAUCAAGAUAAAUGAGACCUGAUUAAAUCAGUUUUUAUUUAAAAUCUGUUGCACUUAAAUUUAAAACAAGUUAAGUAGUCAGAUUUGGGCCUCUCUUUACUUGUCUUUAUGUUUUUUUACUCUUAACCUUCAUUACUGUGUAACUUGACCUCAAGUGCAAAUGUUGAUUUGUCAUUAGCUUUAAUAGGGACCUAUAUUCAGUUAAGUUGUCCUUAAACUUAACAAGAUGCAAAUCACCAAAUAUGCAAGUUUUGUUUGUCUUUUUAUAUUCAAAUUGAUAUUAAAUGUAUGUCAAAUAUAUUCUGUAUACUACAGGAACAUAUGAGAUGAAGUCAGACAUUGUACUUUAAACACCAGAAUGCCUCUCAAUGUUAAUAAGCUAGUAUUUACAUGUGGAUAUUUUUUAUUCAUGGAUGGUUAAAACUGUAUAACUGAGGAAUCAUUCUCAAACUCUACCUGACAUUUAUUUUUUAUUGAACUGUGACUUAAUUUCAGGCAAACUCUGUUUAACCAGGGGCACCAUGGUUAAUGAAAUGAAAAUAAAUACACCAAAUAUGGCAAGAAGAAAACAUCCAGAGGAGGGUGAAUCCUUUUUUACAGGCACUAAUGGAAUUAAAGCUUUAAGUCUUCCUCUUGA